AAGCCUUUAGUCUUCUGGAGGUGCUGCCUCUUCCCAGUUCCGACCGACUCUUCCUCGCUGCUGCUUCCCAGCGCCAAGGUCUCCUCGCUGUGGAGCUCCAAGUCCAAUUGCAAGCGAGCCGAGCGCAGCACUUUUGUAAACGAAUAAACAAACAAAGGCAUUCUCCCCAAACCACACACACACAUACACACAAAAAAGACGUCUUUUCCUGAGCCACACGUGAACUCCCUCCCGUUCUGGCCACGGACUGUAAACUAUGUGGAAGAAACGCUAAAGAGAAGUAGGCACUGGGCAAAGCCAAAGAGAAGAGACUAUCAGGUUCCGGAGGUCGAUUUCAUGGACAGUACUUGAACCCUGAGCGAUCCGGGGGAAAUUGGCUUCUGAUUUCGGUUAGAACUUCGCUGCUCGGACAAAUGCAUACAAAUGCAUUUAGGAGCUCAAAGGACAAGGAGUGGAAGCAUCUCUCCCACGGCACAAACGAAAAAAAUAUUCAUGAUCAUAUUACCCUUCAAUCAUCAAAAAAGCAAGUCUGAUGUUCAGAAGACCCUUCUCCUUCUUACACUAUGUAUAGCUGUGGGUUGUGUGCAAAGACAGCAAGAAGGCAUAGAUGUUCUCCAUCAUUUAGGCCUAAGUGGGCAAGCCACGCAUCAUCCAACAACAGGGUCUACGAUACAUUUGUCACGUGCUUCAUCACCUCAAGGGGUUCACCUAACUGCAUUUGGAGUCCUUUUAUCCACUCAGUCAGCCAUUGAAGUUCCCAUCUCUCAAGUGAGAGCGUCAGGCUUAGGUUCCAAUUUUGCCAUACUAAUUAGUUUACGCUCUUAUGGAGUAAACAAUGCCUUUCUUUUCAGUGUUAGGAAUAAAAACAGACUGCAGUUUGGUGUACAGUUGCUACCAAAGAAGAUAAUGGUACACACUGGAGGGAAGCACUCUGUAUACUUUGAUUAUCGGGUUCACGAUGAGCAGUGGCACACGUUUGCUAUUGAUGUUACAGAAAAAUCAGUGUCCCUAUAUACUCAGUGCGGAAGGAAACACUUUAGCAAGGAGAUUCUUUCCAAAGUACAGUUUGAUUCACACAGCUUAUUUACCUUAGGAAGAAUGAAUUCCCAGUCAGUCAACUUUGAAGGUGUGUUAUGUCAGUUGGAUAUUAUCCCCUCUGCACAAGCCUUGACAAACUAUUGCCAAUAUGUGAAACUACAGUGUCGCCAAGCUGAUACAUACCGAUCUCAUACAAUUUCUCCAAGUGAGGUGAUCUCAAGCAAGCUGUUGGAUGAAGUAACCCAACCAUUAAGUAAAAGAAAAGGUACCCUAAACCUUCAUGUCAGUAAGUCAGCAUUAGUACAAGAUCCUCAAGAAUUGAAGGAAACAACUUCUUCUUUGACUCCUCUUUACUUAGGGAAUAUUACUGCCUUGUCAGAACCAAAUGACCAGCAAACUGUGAAUGUCUCCAAAGAACAUCAACAUCUUGUCAGCAAAAGGAAAGGUGAUUCCUUGCAUCUCACAAAAUUAAUUUUAAAUCAUACAGACUUUGUGACAGAAAAUAUAAAAAGAAAAACCAAUUCCAGUUUUCUGCUUUACAUAAAGCAGCCUAAUGCCAAACAUAUGAUGAAAAAUACAUCAAAGCCAUAUUUAUAUGAACUAAUGGAUACACAACAUUUUUUAAAUACAACAUUGCAUGAGGAUUUCCAUUCUGAACCUUUAAUUAACCGGUUUGGCUCAUUGGAUGAGCAUACAGUUCGGAUUGAUGAGAUUUAUAAUGCAGAAGGCAAUUAUGAAUUUGAUGCUGAUUAUUAUGAUUAUGAUUAUGAAGAAUGGGAGAGACUACUUGACAUGGAAAAUCUUAAGGGGCCUAAAGGAGAUCCUGGACAGGUGGGACCCCCAGGUCCUCCAGGAUUACCUGGCCCAGCAGGAAAGCGUGGCCCAAGAGGUAUUCCAGGCCCACAUGGAAACCCUGGGCUGCCAGGUUGGCCUGGUCCAAAGGGCCCAAAAGGUGAUCCAGGGUUUUCCCCAGGACAAGCAAAGCGCGGAGAAAAAGGUGAUGCAGGAUUAACAGGGUUACCUGGCAUAGAGGGUCUCAAAGGUGAAAAGGGUUUAGUGGGAUAUUCAGGACAAAGAGGGAUGCAAGGGGAACAAGGAAUUCUAGGAAUGACUGGCAACCCUGGGGCUUUUGGUUACCCUGGCAGGCAGGGUUUAACAGGACCCGAAGGUAACCCAGGCCCUAAAGGUGUAAGAGGUUUCAUUGGACCUCCGGGAGUGGCUGGGAAUCCUGGACCUGAGGGAGAAAGAGGUAUUCCAGGCUUACCUGGAAAAAGAGGUAUAAAAGGGAGAAUAGGAUUGCCAGGUGAUUUUGGAAACAGAGGUCUUCCUGGUCCUGAUGGAAGUCCUGGAAAUGUUGGUGGUGUUGGUCCUCCUGGAUUUCCUGGACUUAGAGGUAUUGUGGGAAAAGCUGGACCAUCUGGACUUCCUGGGAUUCCUGGACCUCUGGGUCUUCCAGGUAGUAUGGGGCAACCUGGAUUGAAAGGUGAUAAGGGUGAACAAGGCAUUACAGGAGAGCAAGGAGAGGUGGGGUAUCCAGGAGACAAGGGUGCUGUUGGUUUGCCAGGGCUUCCAGGAAAUAGAGGAAAACCAGGACCCUCGGGCAAAAUGGGAGAUCCAGGACCCCAGGGGCCAUCAGGCCCACCCGGACCAGAGGGUUUUCCAGGAGAUAUUGGUGUACCAGGUCCAAACGGUCCAGAAGGCCCAAAGGUUAGAUUAUGUCAAGCUGUAAAAGUACUCAGGAAAAUGGAACUCCAGAAUAUCUUGAGAAACUUACAUACAGGUCAGGAAGACACAAUAUGGACUGGUUCCAGUUUGCCAAAGGAGUGGGACAAGGCUGGAGAAGAAGGACCCAUUGGGCCAAUUGGAGUAACUGGACCAAGGGGGAAACCUGGAAGGAAAGGUUUUGCAGGUGAACCAGGACUAGAAGGCCUGAAGGGAGAAACAGGAGACCAAGGAGUUCUCGGGAAAACUGGUGAAACAGGACCUAUUGGCUCAUCUGGUGAAAUUGGACAAUCUGGAGGACCUGGUGAGAAGGGAGACAGAGGUAAUCCAGGCCCAGUGGGCCCUCCUGGAGAAAAAGGUCUCAUGGGUUAUUCAGGUCCACCAGGUGGUUCUGGUGAUGUAGGGCCACAGGGACUACCUGGCCCUCCAGGAGCACGAGGACCUCCUGGACCACAGGGUAGUAAAGGUCAAAGAGGACCACGAGGCCUAGAUGGUCCUCUGGGAGAGCAAGGGACAGAAGGUAUUAAGGGAGAAGCUGGUGAUGCUGGGAAAAAAGGCAUUCCUGGACUCAUUGGGAAAGCUGGAAUCCCUGGAGAAAGAGGCAGUCCAGGGGCACCAGGUUUGCCUGGCCUUUCUGGAAGUACGGGAGAUAGAGGUCCUUCGGGUGAACCAGGACCAAGGGGAGAACAAGGUGAUGCUGGUCCUGUAGGUGAAGCUGGCUUUGAGGGAUCACCUGGCCCAGAGGGAGAGCCAGGACCAAAUGGAGAACCAGGCACAAAGGGAGAUUCUGGACCAAUUGGCAAUAUUGGAGCACCAGGUGAACAAGGUGUAAGAGGUAUUCGAGGACCACCAGGAGAAGAUGGUGUUCAAGGAAAAGAUGGAUCAAAGGGCAGUUUAGGAGACCCUGGCCUUCCUGGAGAAGAUGGUGAAAAAGGAAAAAUUGGAAUUCCAGGGCUUAUUGGCCCUCCAGGUGAACCUGGAAUCAGAGGCAUUCCAGGUCCUGAAGGAAAUCAAGGAAGUCCAGGUCAAAGAGGUCGUUCAGGAAAAAAGGGGGAAAAGGGUCAACAUGGUUUCCCAGGAGAAAUCGGAGCUAUGGGUGAACCUGGCAAGCUUGGUGAAAUUGGACCAAAGGGUUCAAGAGGAACUAGAGGACCAGUGGGACAUUUAGGAGCAAUGGGAUCAGCAGGAAAACCAGGAAUUCCAGGUUAUAGGGGUCACCAAGGUCCGAUGGGAGCACUUGGCCCUCCAGGACCCAAAGGAGAGAAAGGUUACCCUGGGGAAGACAGCUCAAUGCUAGGACCACCUGGGCCCCUAGGUGAACCAGGUCCUACUGGUGAACGGGGAGAGAGAGGAGAACCUGGUGACAUAGGUUACAUGGGUCACCCCGGACUCCCAGGACUUAGAGGUGCUGUUGGACAACAAGGGCCACCAGGUGAACCAGGCGAACAGGGAGAGCAAGGGCUAAAAGGAGAAAGAGGAUCUCGAGGUCCUAUUGGAAAAAAAGGAUCAAGUGGUCAGCCUGGGAAACCUGGAACGCCUGGAGAACCUGGUCCUGUUGGUCAGAAAGGUGUAGCUGGCAACCCUGGAUCAGAAGGUAUUCCUGGAAAUCCUGGAAAACCGGGGUUAUCUGGACAGCAGGGCCUUCCUGGUACCAGAGGAAGCCCAGGACUAGCUGGACUAGCAGGAUAUCCUGGAACUCAUGGACGUAAAGGUUCACCAGGUGUGCCAGGAAGCCCUGGCCUGCCAGGAUUAAAGGGUGAACAAGGGCUUCAGGGACAUCUAGGAAAGCAAGGUAGAAGAGGAUUUCCAGGGACACAAGGUGAUCAAGGCCGACCAGGACUUCCUGGCCAGAAAGGACUCGCCGGAGAAUUUGGAGAUCAAGGUUUGAUGGGAUUUCAAGGGUUUCCAGGUCCCAAGGGCCCUGAAGGUGAUCAUGGUUUAAUUGGAAUUUUGGGACCUAAAGGCCCAAUAGGUGAAAUAGGAAACACAGGCCCUGUAGGUUACGAAGGUAUUGUUGGUCCAGCUGGCAGACCUGGACCCAGGGGGGAAAAGGGAUCCAGAGGUGAAAUUGGCCCUCAAGGACCCCGCGGUCACCCAGGUCUACCCGGUCCACCAGGAGGACCUGGACCCAGAAAACAAAUAGACAUGAGUGCCACUAUUCAAGCCUUGAUUGAAUCAAAUGCUGCCUUAGAAAUGGAGAAUUAUCAGAACACUGAAGUGACAUUCUUGGACCACAGUGCCAAAAUAUUCAAAACACUACAUUAUCUGAGCAAUUUACUCCAUAGCAUCAAAAACCCACUGGGAACCCGAGAUAAUCCAGCACGUAUCUGCAGAGAUUUGCUCAACUGCGAACGUAAAGUAUCCAAUGGAAAAUAUUGGAUUGAUCCAAAUAUUGGGUGCCCUUCAGAUGCUAUUGAGGUUUUCUGCAACUUCACUGCUGGUGGCCAGACAUGUUUAUCAUCUGUAUCUGUCACAAAGUUGGAAUUUAACAUUGGAAAAGUACAGAUGAACUUCCUUCAUUUACUUAGUUCAGAAGCAACCCACACUAUUACAGUUCACUGCCUAAAUACCCCAGUGUGGAAAACUAAUGAACUACAUGAUCAGAAACCUUCCCUGAUCUUCAAAGGAUGGAAUGGUGAUAUUUUUGAAGCAAAUACGCUGCUUGAACCAAAAGUUCUUAUGGAUGAAUGCAUGAUUCAAGAUGGCAACUGGCAUAAGACUCAAUUUUUUUUCCACACUCAAGACACCAAUCAACUACCAGUUCUUCAGGUUCAUCCAUUUUCUCAUCUCAAACAAGGACAACAGCGAUACAUAGAAAGUGGCUUUGUGUGCUUUCUCUAAGAUUUUGAAUAAACCUCCUCCUAACGCCAUAUGCAGGACACAAGAAAUAAUUAUAAAACUGUGGAAGAAUUGUACAGCAACAUGCUGGUGAUUUCUUAAAGAAUCUCAGGAAGAAAAAGACUUCCUCCUAUGAAGGAGAAAUGGUUUCAGAAAGAAACUUUUGACAAUAUUAAUAAAAUAUUUAAUUUUUGGUUGGUGCUUUUUAUGAUAUUCUCUGAACCAAAGAAUAUACAUAUAUGGAAAUUCUUCUUGAUUUUAUUAACAGCACUGUCCAUGACACCUUAAAAGAUGGAAGAAUGCAGUAAAAAGGAGUAUGGUUUAUGCUCCCAAAUGUGCAAUAGCUUAUGUUAUACUGACAAUGAGUUACGCCGCCAUAAAAAUCCCUUAAACACUUUAGUUGUAUGAUGGUCCUUUUCGGAUACAAACAUCUUCACAGAUGAUCCACUACCUCUUUUGUGUUUCCUGUUUGUGUGGCCUGGCGCUCCAUAUAUAACAUAAAGUGUUAUUUUUUUUCCUUUGCUUUUUUUAGGCUGUAUGUGCUGGUUACAUCAAAGCAACUUUUCAUUGUAAAAUUGUGUCUUAAAAAUAUUUGGUCACAUUUUUCAUGAUAACUGAAAACAUUAUUUAUGUGAAAAUCUUGUUUUGAAAAUAUUUCUGUCUGUAACAUGAAAUGGAUGGGACAGACCUAUCUGGUGCUUAUAAAAAGAACAGAAUUUUGUACUUGUAGAAUGACUACAUACAAUGAUUUUAAAGAUGUUAACUUUCCAGGGCAAUCUAUAAUUAUAUCUUGUGUAAAUAUUUUGUAACUGUUGAAAAUCUUAAUACAGCAUAUAUUUAAAUGGCUAUUAAAUUAUACUCUUAAAUAAG